AUGAAAUGGGUGGAAGGUGCAAAACAAGGCAUUGUCGUGGCUGGUGAUCAAGGAGAAGGAAAUGGUCUUACACAAUUGUCAAAUCCUUGGGGAGUCGUUGUCGAUCAAUUGGGCACUGUCUAUGUGGCUGAUCAUGACUCCUAUGCGGCAAAUUUUAUGAUUCCUCCCUCCAGUGAUCAUUUUUUGGACACAUUAAUGCAAAAAAUACUGUUAGCUCAAUGCGGUUGCCAAAAAAAGGGUUAA